AUGCCCCCAUGGGGAAGACCACCAGGGGCACGCAUGGGGAGACCGACGGGGAGGCUGAGGAAGCAAUUGAUGGAUGGAGAUGUACGUGUGGAGGAGAUCGACAGCGAGGCGGAAGCAGAGGAGGCAGCAGCAGCAGCAGCAGCAGCAGCAGUGGUGACGGCGGGCUACAGUCGGGGUGUAUUGCGGAAUAAUGAAUAUCCAUACUAUGACAAGCAGGUUGUUCGGAAAGGUGGAGGCGGAGGCGGAAGCGGAGGCAGACAUUCGCGGUGGAAGGUGCAGCACUCGGCAGACUACGCCGAGGAUGUGGAGGACGCAGCCUUGGUGGAUGGGGCGGACUAUGAUUUGUACGACGAUGGAGACGCCACGGUGGCCUAUGCCGUUCAUCUGGCAAUGAAGGACAAAGAAGAAUGGUUGGUUGAUAAAGCUCUGGAGCGGAUCAGACGGGCACAGGCGGCGGGCAAGCAGAAUGUUCGCCUGUCGCAGCAGGAGCUCGACGCCAUUGAACGACGACGGAUACAGACGGAACCAGCACACGGCGGCAAGAAGAUGGCAGCCAAGCCGAUCGAAGUCAGACCAAAGGGUAAACCGAACGGUCUUUCUGGCGGAUCACACGACCUGAGCACGUCCAGCGACGAGACAUACGGUUCGUGGGAUCAGGCCGCAUCCGCGUCGACUGGUCCUCAAGGGCUUCCCAACAUCUCUUCGUCUACCUCGUCCUCUCCACGGCCACGGACCCCAGUCUCGUCGUUGCAGUCGCAGUAUCCCCAGCCAACUGCUAUCUUACCGCGAACACUCCACGGACCGCCUCUCUUCCCCCAUAACCCCUCUGCGCCGUCGCUGCCCGACAAUCCGGUGAUUCGAAGGAAACCGCGUAUCCAGCCCGACUCAGUUCCUUACCCUGUUGAGCCGUCACCGUUCCAGAUGCCUAUUCCUAUUCCUGUCCCAACAUCUCCUAGCCGGCGAGAGCUGGGUCGGCUGGUCGACACAAGCCUGUCAAGACCAUCUGGUGUCGUUCCCGGCGUUGUUCCCGGCGCUGGUGCCACUUACAGCCAUCCCACACUUCCAUCGCUUUUCCCCCGACGUGUCCCUCCUGGCAGUUCUGAGACAGAUGAUUCCGACGAUAAGGAUGCACGUUUUGUCAAGUCGCUUCCCCGCAAAGAGCUGGCUGAUGCUCCGCGUGCUGCUGCAAGUGGCAGUAUCAGUCCUGGAAUCCGCCAACGCAUCGCCCGGUUGAAUGAGUAA